ACCAGCUUAAGCAGUGCUAUUUGUGAGUCUCUGCUCCAUGUCUGUCUCUGACUGGCUGCUAUUUCUGCUGGUAAGGAGCUUAUCGCUUGCCUCUCUCCCAGGCUCAAUCCCUUUCUCCAGCCUGCAAGUACACACCUGAUACAAACAUCUUUUGAAAGGUCCAGCCUCAACCAGACGCAAAGAUGUGCGACCAAACAUUUUUGGCCAUCACGUUUGGCCCGUGUGAUAGCUGCGGUCUGAACAAACCUCUGAUGAAUAUUUAUCUGAAGAAUGAGCCCAUCAACUACUGCUCCCUGUGUGUGGAGCUGAUGGCCUGUCAGGGACUGGCGACGGGCGAAACCAUCCACACGCUGAAAGCGGAGUCUGAGUCUUUGAAAACCAAACUAGAAGAGGAGAGAGCCAAACUACACGACGUCGAGCUGCAUCAGGUGGCAGAAAAGGUAGAAGCUCUGGGUCAGUUUGUCAUGAAGACUAGGAGAACCCUAAAAGGGCAUGGAAAUAAAGUGCUGUGCAUGGACUGGUGCCGGGACAAGAGAAGAAUCGUGAGCUCCUCUCAGGAUGGAAAAGUCAUUGUGUGGGAUGCAUAUACAACCAAUAAGGAGCAUGCAGUCACUAUGCCCUGCACCUGGGUCAUGGCUUGUGCUUAUGCCCCUUCUGGCUGUGCUGUGGCUUGUGGUGGUUUGGACAAUAAAUGCUCCGUCUAUCCUCUCUCGCUGGACAAAAAUGAGAACUUAUCAGCUAAGAAGAAAUCUGUGGCCAUGCACACCAACUAUCUGUCUUCCUGCAGCUUCACCAACUCUGACAUGCAGAUUCUGACGUCAAGUGGUGAUGGCACAUGUGCGUUAUGGGACGUUGAGAGUGGGCAGCUGCUGCAAAGUUUCCAUGGUCAUUCAGCUGACGUUCUUUCAUUGAACCUCGCACCCUCUGAAACAGGAAACACCUUUGUAUCAGGGGGCUGUGAUAAGAAGGCUAAUGUGUGGGACAUGCGCUCGGGACAGAAUGUUCAGUCCUUUGAAACGCAUGAGUCUGACAUCAACAGUGUGAAGUAUUACCCUAGCGGAGAUGCUUUUGCAACUGGAUCUGAUGAUGCUACGUGUCGUCUGUAUGACCUGCGAGCUGACCGUGAGGUUGCCAUCUACUCCAAAGAGAGUAUCAUAUUUGGAGCCUCUAGUGUGGACUUUUCCCUCAGUGGCCGAUUGCUGUUUGCAGGAUAUAAUGACUACACUAUUAAUGUGUGGGAUGUCCUGAAGGGCACCAGAGUGGCAAUUCUCUUUGGCCAUGAAAAUCGGGUCAGCACCGUCAGGGUGUCCCCCGAUGGGACCGCGUUCUGCUCGGGAUCAUGGGACAACACUUUGCGGAUCUGGGCUUGAGGAGUUGUUCUGAACCAGUGUGAGAAGAUAUCUGUACUUCGGCUUCUCAGUAUCACAGCACACAGUGUGACUGUAGAGAUUCUAGACAUCCUGACUUUUUUAUUAUCUUAGCACAAUUAGAUGUCUCUGUUCCUUGGAUUCUCGCCCAAAUAUAUAUGUAAUAAUAAUAAUAUAUAUAAAAUACACUAUUUGAAAAGGAUUGCUGUUCCAGUAUUAGUUUGUAAAAUAUUUUUUUAAAUUAAAAACCUAAAUGUUUUAAUAUAAUUAUCUAUACUUUUGUAGGUAUAUUUUAUGGUAAUGAUUUGAAGAGAGUUGAUUUCAGCACUUGUGCAUUUGGUCUAGAUCAAACAUGUAUUUCGAAAUGCUUGCACUAGAAUGGCAAAAACAUACUACUGAAAUUGUUGUUGUUUUUUUCCAAGUAUAGUCGAUCAAAAUCAACAAUUAGUAAUCACAGUUAGCUGAUUGCUUUGUUUGUCCACAUCAGUAUUGAUACUAGUUUCCUGAAAAUAUACACUAUGUGUUUACAAUAGUUUGUCAUCUUUAGUUGUUAAAUGUUGCCACUGUAUUCAGAUAAAUUAAAGUUAAGUUCCUGUUUUGUGUGUCACUGGUGGUGUCCCCAAACGUAGUAUCAGUCAUUUUUGUACUAGUGUGGACAUUUUUAGAUCCGUAUAAGGAAAUCACACAGUUGUACUAGUUGAUCAACUUAAAAUGUUAAGGCAGCUGUGUAACAAGCCCAGCUUUUAAGUUCAAAAUAUUGAACUUAUAUUAUAUAAGUUUUCACAUAGUACAACUUAACAUUUUAAGUUGAAUAAACGUAUUUGAGUUGACAGAACUUACAAUUUUAAGUCUGCGGGGUAACAAAUUAUUUUAAGUUGACUCAACAAAUUGUUUUUUUUGUUUGUUUCUUACAGUGUAUUGCCUUCCUUCAAUUAUGAAAUUAGUUCAAGUCAUCUAUAAAGCAGCUGUACACUGUAAAAAAAAAAAAUGUUCCAAAAAGUUAAAAAAAAAUCAACAAUUAGUAAUCACAGUUAGCUGACUGCAUCAGUAUUGAUACUAGUUUCCUGAAAAUACACUGUGUGCAGAAUUAUUAGGCAUGUUGAUAUUCUGGUCAUAUUUUUUUUCCAAACACAUUU